GUGGAGAAGAAAUCAGUAAAGCUAUCCUCGAAAAACACUACACAUGUUGAAAUUACUAGCCAAGCUUUGGCAUCUACACCAUUGGCUAAAAACCUAAAAUUAUGUGGCAAAAAGGGAGCUUUUCCUUCUCGAAAGUCUGAUGGUGAUCUUGCAAAGGACUUAUCUGAUAUCAGUGAUGCUGAGGUUGCUCGUUAUAUAAAUAAGAAAAAAGAAUUCCUUCUGAAUAAGAUAGCGUGGGAAAUGAUGAACCCCGACUACCAAAAGGAAAAGCAGAGGAAACCCACCACAGUGAAAAAGACUGCUCCUAGUAAGAAAACUUCCGCAGUCAGAACCAAUUCAACCAAAAGCAAUGCAGAAAGUGAAAAUAAUAAAAAGAGACUGAGUUCAUAUAUCAAUUACGAUCUCUUGGAUAAGCUAUUUGAUGAUGAGAACUCUCCAAAAAGGGCUAAGUUAGAGAAACCAGUCACUGUUGAUGAUCAAUUGGAAAAUUCACAGCAAAGCAGUAAAGAAUGCGUAUUGAAACCUCAGAGUUCUGAAGAAGAAGAAGAACUAAAUUGGAACGAGGAUUACAGUAAUGAAGAUGCUUAUGGAGGAGUCGAAGAACUGUAUGGCAACGAGGAUCUUGAAUUUGAAGAUAAAGAUGAAGGAGAAGACAAUGAAGAUAUAAUUUGGUGA